AUGUCUUCGCCUAUUUUGGAUAUCAAUAAAGCAAACAACAUUGAAACAUGUAAUCAAGAGACAGCAUUGAAGAGUGAUAAAAGUCAAUUUGAAGGUAAAUCAUUGAUUAUUGAGUAUCCUGGAUAUCGUAUACUAAUUAUUGACACUGGUUUGAUAGAAAGGCAUAGGAAACAGGAUAUUUUAUCCACGAUUGAUAUUAUUAUAGUAUUACAAUGGAAUUCCAAAGUUCAGUCGUCACUUAACAGUCUGUUCAAUGAAGAAAACAAUGGACAACUCCAGUUUAAAAAAUUCACAUGCCUUAUUCUUCCUGCAAUCGAUACAGUUAGUCAUGUGAAAUUUAAUUCAAUGCAUAAUAAACCUAUGAAAUCCAGUCUAGCAAAAGAUGAUGGCAAGAAGCGAAUUAAGUGGAUACGUUCAGCGUUGAAAUUAGGUCUGACCAUUCUGCAGGUAUCCAAUGGCAGCAGAUUUUGGACAAGAUUUCAGCAUUCACAGCCUAUAAAUAACAUAGCAACAAAUUCACAUGUAUCCUCUAUUGGGAAUGAAAAGAUACACCUAACUAUAUUUAAUUAUCCUACAAGUAAAACAACUUAUACUACUGAAAUGCAAAAACGUAGUUUACUGUUAUUUGAAAAAUUCGGUGUGGGAAAAUUGAAAAUGUUACCUGUACAUGCUGGAUGUGUUGGAUCCUCUUACACAACAUUAGAGCUGAAGACGGAUGAAUUAAGUGAACAGAAAUCAGAAACUGACCGUCAGCAAUUAACGCGGUUCGCUGGAGUGAAUUGUCCAAUCAGUCGAAAAGGCUACUCAGAUCGUGACCCGAGUAAUACCCAAACAGGAAUAACUCGAUCAAAAACUUUCACCUCAGGUUUAAAUCCGUCAACAAGUAAAAGCUGCACAAAUGGAAUACCCUCAGUGACCAACCCUAUUCUAAGGAAAAGUUGUGAACAGAAAAAUGAAGACGGCCUAAGUAAAUCUUCUAUAGACAGUCGUAGAAAAGAAAAUGGAAUUAAACAGGUUAAAUUUGGACCUAUUGAAGAGUGUCAAUAUAAAGGAGGCAAGAAAGUAACAAUGAAGGCGUCGUCAAACGAAAGUCAUACAUCAGCGGCAACAACAGUCACUACUACUAUAAAUUCUACUACUACGACUACCACUUCUAUUGCUAAUACUACUAACACUACUACUACUACUUCCGCUACAGAUUCCUCUGGCGAUCCGAGUCCUGUACAAAAUAAUCAAGUCAAUUCAGAGUUAUUUCUUGAACCAAGUGAACAUUCAAACGAGAAUAAGGAACAUUUGCUAAUUAAAUCAACAUCCUUUCCUAACCAGUUGGCAGAACACACAAUGAAUCAUCAAAAUAGACCAACAUCACUGUAUCCCCAAUGUUCAGACUAUCAGUAUUAUUACUAUUGUAAUGAUCAAAAAUGUGAACAAUUUCCAUUAUCAGCUACUGUUUUGCUAGCUAUACCUGAAGUUGGUGAAAAUGACUACUAUGCCGAUUCACCACAAUGUCUGACAGUUAAAGAACUGAAAGAAUUAGGUCUGUACAAUAGUGAGGAAGACGAAGAUGAUGACGCUGAUGAAGAUAAUAAUGAUGAAGAUUGCGGGAAUGAAGAGGAGGCUGCAAUCAUGAAUAGACAGAGAAUUUUUGAAUUAGAGAAUACACUGCCGGAUGACAGAACUAAUAAUCCUAGUUUCAUUAGUGAAACUGACAUUAUUGUCCCACAUAAAAAUGCACCAGAUCUCACUGAAAUACAUGUACCACAAAACAUCAGCCUUACACGUCAUGAGGAAGUAAUGAUUCAGUAGUUAUAUAUAUAUAUAUAUAUAUCGAAGUUGCGUUUACUUAUUUUACACAUAUAUUAUACCCAGAUCAAUUUGUUUAAAAAUCAAUGAAAACUAGAUCUAACAUUUUGAAUCCUUUUGACUUUAACUACUUUCUAAUAUAUCAGUAGCUUAUUGUAGAAACAAAACAAACUGUACUUGGUAUCAUCUUUUUAUAAAAAAUUAAUCGAACACAGUUUCUUAGUAGUUAAAUGGCUCGAUAGUUUUCUGGGUUCAUAAUGAAAUUAACUUUGUGAGAUAUACCUGUUUGGAAAUCAAAUGACAAGAGUGAGUAAUAAGA